UUAAUUCAUAACUAACUCAAUAGUUUAAGUUUUACUCCCUUUAUCUUUGGCAUUCAUUAUAUCAUAUCUAAUAUAAGGGUCUCUUUAUAUCGAUAGAGAUAACCUCAGUCUUUGGCUCUGUGCCUGUUGGGCACUUAUCCAUAAACCUUGGUCUGGUGGUCCUACUCCUUUGGGCUAGCUUUAAGAGAAGUUCUUAGCAAAAGAAAAACAGGGGAGAUUAUAACCAUUCCAUAACCAAAUAGGUAAGCUAAAAAUGGCAGCACUUAACUACCAAGCUAAGUCUACUGAUAUGGCUGAUAUCUUAUCAUCUGAAGGGGUUGAAUUCCUUCUGUCAAGUGAAGGAGAGCAGGUACCAUUGUCCUCAUGCCAUGGCAAGAAAAUUUGCCUAUAUUUCUCAGCAUAUUGGUGUAGGCCUUGCAAAGCUUUCACUCCAAAAUUGGUUCAGCUUUACAAUUCCCUGAAAAAUGGAGGGAAAGAAUUAGAGAUCAUCUUCAUCUCUUUCGACCGCGACAACACUAAAUUUGAAGAGCAUUUCAAGUGUAUGCCUUGGUUGGCUGUGCCAUUUCAUUUAGAUGUGCACAGAAGAUUAAGUGAGAAAUUCAAAGUGGAUCGUAUUCCAUCUCUUAUUAAUCCAUUAUUGAGUUCAGAUGAUAAUGGUGUUUCAAUUGAAGAGGAUCUAAUUGGAUUGAUUGAAGACUAUGGUGCUGAAGCGUUUCCAUUCACUAGGGAGAGAAGGGAAGAAUUAAAGGCCAUUGAUAAGGCUAAGCUUCAUGGAGGUAAAUUGGAACUACUUUUGUCACAUGAACAACGUAACUAUCUUAUUUCAAGAGAUGGAACUCAGACUCAGGUCCAAAAUCUGGUGGGAAAGACAAUUGGGCUAUACUUCGGGGCCCACUGGAGCCCACCGUGCAGAUCAUUUACAUCAAAGCUGAAAGAGACAUACGACGCCGUUUGCAGCUCAUCAUCAUCAUCGUCUUCGUCGUCCUUCGAAUUCGAAAUCGUGUUCGUCUCCACAGACCGAGACCUGAACGAGUUCGAACUUAAUCUCGAGCUGAUGCCCUGGCUUGCAAUCCCUUACCACGACCGAAAAGCACGGCAAGACCUCUGUCGGAUCUUCGACGUGAAGGAGAUUCCGGCUCUAGUUCUGAUCGGACCCGACGGGAGACCCGUGCCGGCUGAUGGGAAGACUGUGAUCUCCUUGUACGGAGCUAGGGCUUUCCCGUUCACGGAGUCGAGGAUCGGGGAAGUGGAGGCGGCGCUGAGGAAAGAAGGGGAGGCUUUGCCGGGACGUGUAAAAGAUCGGAAACAUGAGCACGAGCUGAAAUUGGAUAUGGCUAGAGGGUAUGUUUGUGAUUGUUGUAAAGGAGGAGGGAGAUUUUGGGCAUUCUCUUGUGAUGUUUGUGAUUAUGAUCUUCACCCCACUUGUGUGGAAAUGGAUAACCCUACCUCUUGAUAUAUAUUCUUCUCCAUUUAUUUAUUUAUAUAAUAUAUAUGUGAAGUGGGUGUAAUUUUUUAAAAUAUAGAUAAAUAUACUUACAAUUAUACUUC